AUGUCCAGGAAAAGAAAAUAUUAUAUGUCCAACACAAGAAAAAAAAAAUCACUUUUUCUGAUUUUACAACAUCAACAACUGCCCGGGAGGUAUCCCAAGAGGCCUCAUACAAACAUCAAAUGCAACGCCCCUGAGAAAGAAACUUCUGACAUUGCCAAGGCGUUACAUCACUGUAGCGACCAACUUACAGAAGGUACUACUCUCCAUAGUCAGAAUAGACUUGAAUACCACAGGCAACAAACCUUAGAAACCAUCAAAACACUAGCAACAACCACUGGCCAUGUGGAGGCGGACAAAUUGGCUGAACAAUACAGACGAGAGGCUUCCAAACAAAAAGAAGAAAACCAAGCAAAAAACCUUGUGGAAAGAGACAGUAAAAUAAAACUAUUUUAAAAAAUACAACUCCGGCCCUUCUCAGGGCCACAAACCUCUACCAAAAGAGCAAUUGAACAUUUAUGAAUUAAAAAGUAUGAAUGUGUACAACGUAUGAAAUGUAUAUACGUGUAUGGAAACUACCAAACAUGUUAACCCAUACCUAAAUUGACCCUUCUGAAACUUAUAAAACUAACUUUAAAAGCAAACAACACUUCCACUACUAGUGCCAACCAAAACACACCAAACUUUUACAAUUCUAACCUGCAAACCAUUGCCCGUACUUCGGAACACACACACGUGUAUACAUUAACAAUCUCCCGUUCUCCUUUCCCCCUCCCCAUUUCCAAAGCCGCUAUCGAAGAACACAUCAUGGACUACCACCCAUGAAACAUCUUGUGCUCUUAU